AUUAAUUUUAGUUAGAAUUCAAACACAACUUUUGCUAUAAAAGGGCGAGCAAUUGCUUUGUUGAAAGGGCAAACUUUAGAAACAGUUGACAUGCCAAAGGUCCAAUUGCUUAUGACAUUGCUGCUGUUGGCAUUUACAAAUGCCGAUGUGAGUGAUCCUCAAGACUCAAACACACCACUCCUAGAACCGCAAACAUAUGCACCAGAUCCAAGUGAAGAAACAACAAAGAGCUCAACUGCAGUAUCAUCAUCAUCGGAGCCAGCAGAUACGGCAGCUACAACAGUUGCAGCAGGAGAUGAAGAACCGAAACAAGAUGCAGAUGCAACCCCAAAUCAAGAUAAUAAUCAAGAUGUAGAUGGAACACCAGAUGCAGAUAUAAAGCCAGAUUCGGAUACGAAACCCGAUGUAGAUGGAACACCCGAUGCAGAUAAAAAGCCAGAUACGGAUACAAAACCCGAUGCCGAUUCAGAUGUGGAUGCAGAGGAUCCAGCAGAGGAAGGAAUCGCUUUGGGCAAUGCAACAGCAACAACCAUUGAGCAGCUGGAAAGCUCCACAACAACUCCAAUUGAAGACACUCACCACGAACACCACCAACAUACCAUAGGACAUGUCCACGCUCACGAUGGCUUCCAUGAUAUAAAGCGGGAGAAAUUGUGGGCACAUUGGAACGAUGCGUUCACCACAACCGUUGGCAUAGAACCCGAUAAUAGUACCAUGCAAUAAAGACACCCUGUAAAUGA